AUGAGAGCAGUUCGCUUCCACGGCCGGGAGGAUAUCAGAGUUGAUGAAGUGGAAGAGCCAAUCUGUGGCCAUGGUCAAGUCAAGCUACCGUUGCGAUCCGACUCGCGAUCCUCGCUGUCAAAGAUCCGCCCUGCAUUCGUGGGCAUAUGUGGAAGCGAUCUACACGAAUACCUGGCCGGUCCUCUGGCAGUCCCUGUCACCCCGCACGCAGUAACGGGGGAAAAACUGCCGACCACGCUGGGCCACGAGUUUAGCGGCACAAUUGAGGAGAUUGGAAGCGGUGUUACAGGGUUGAAAGUCGGUGAUCGAGUCGCUGUCAAACCUAACCUCUCGGACGGGACAUGUUCGAGGUGUGUGAUAGGAAGAUUCAAUUCAUGUCAGAAUUUAGGAUUCAUCGGGUAUAGUGGUAAGGCAGGAGGCCUCUCCGACCAUGUCGUCGUCGACGUGAAACAUGCAAUCCCACUGCCAGAUUCCGUUCCCCUCGAUAUUGGCGCAUUGGUGGAACCACUCUCGGUGGCAUGGCACGCCGUCAGCCGUAGUCCUCUGCAGGAACAGGACACAGUGCUAGUAGUUGGCGCCGGACCAAUCGGGCUUGCAAUUAUCCAAGUACUGCGCGCGAAGGGUAUCGAAAGUAUUAUCGCAGUUGAAGUCUCUGAGAAACGACGAGAGUUUGCUCUCAGCCUAGGUGCGACAGAGGUCCUGAAUCCGCUUGAGGUGGAUGCGGUCGCACGGGUGCAUUCCAUGACUGGGGAUGCUGGUGGUGCUGCUAUUGCUUUUGAGUGUUCUGGAGUACAGGCGGGGCUUGAUACUGCUAUGCAGGGUCUUCGGGUACGCGGCACGACGGUCAUUGUUUCGCUGUGGGAACACAAGCCGGUCAUUGAUGCCUUUGCUGUCGUGCUGGAUGAGAAGCACGUAACUGGUGCUGUUGUUUUUGAUGAUGGUGACUUUGAGGCUGUGAUAGAUGCUAUUGCUUCAGGUAAGAUCCAGCCACGCCUCAUGAUUACAAGUAAGAUUCCAAUGGAGGAUGUCAUCGAGAAGGGAUUCAAGGCUCUCACCGGUGAGAGGGAUAAACAUGUCAAGAUUCUGAUCGACAUCUCUGCAUGA